ACUCACUCUCAUUUAAACCUAGAGAAGCAAACAAUAUAUAUCUGUAUAAGAAAAAAUGGCACAAGCUACGCGUCAGUCUUCUCUGCAAGGGGAGCUUGAGGUAGAUGUUGAGAUCAAAGCAUCGGCAAAGAAGUUCCAUCACAUGCUCUCUGGAAGACCACAAGAUAUUGCAAAAGCCACUCCUGACAUCCAGGGAUGUGCUGUGCAUGAGGGAGAGUUUGGCAAAGUUGGCAGUGUCCUUUUCUGGAACUAUGUUAUUGAUGGGCAGCCAAAGGUGGCAAAGGAGAGGAUCGAGGCAGUGGAUCAGGAGAAGAAUCUGAUAGCGUUCAAGGUAGUAGAUGGAGAUAUGUUGAAAGGGUUCAAGAGCUUCUUGAUUACUGUCCAGGCAACCCCAAAGCUAAGAGGAUCAGGAAGUGUGGUUAAGUGUCACUUCAAAUAUGAGAGGAUUGACGAGGAGGUGGCUCAUCCGGAGAAGCUGCUCGCCUUGUUUGUCAAGGCAGCCAAAGACAUGGACGAAAUGCUUUUGUCUUAAGUCUAAAGGAUUCGUUGGAUAUCCAUCAAUCUAUCUAUCUAUCUAUGUUUGUGGGUGUUUUGUAAGAUGUCUCAAUAAUGUGCUCUCUCUAUGAAGAGAUCUACUCUGCAAGUAUUGUAGAGUUUGUGUUAUGUACGUUUGAAGUUGUAAUUAGUUGCAAACUGUAACCUUUGUGUUGCUAUAAGUUUCGCCUAUGCAAGUUAUGUUUUAAGAAAAACAAAAGCGUCAU